UGUAUCAGGGGUGUGAUAUCAGUGUGUGACCUGUGUAUAGGGAUCAGUGUGUAUCAGGUGUGUUAUAUCAGUGUGUGACCUGUGUAUAGGAAUCAGUGUGUAUCAGGUGUGUGAUAUCAGUGUGACCUGUGUAUAGGAAUCAGUGUGUUGGGGUGUGAUAUCAGUGUGUGACCUGUGUAUUGGGAUCAGUGUGUAUCAGUGGUGUGAAAUCAGUGUGUGACCUGUGUAUAGGGAUCAGUGUGUAUCACGGGUGUGAUAUCGGUGUGUGACCUGUGUAUAGGGAUCAGUGUGUAUCAGGGGUGUGAUAUCAGUGUGUGACCUGUGUAUAGGGAUCAGUGUGUAUCACGGGUGUGAUAUCGGUGUGUGACCUGUGUAUAGGGAUCAGUGUGUAUCAGGGGUGUGAUAUCAGUGUGUGACCUGUGUAUAGGGAUCAGUGUGUAUCAGGGGUGUGAUAUCGGUGUGUGACCUGUGUAUAGGGAUCGGUGUGUAUCAGGGGAGUGAUAUCAGUGUGUGACCUGUGUAUAGGGAUCAGUGUGUAUCAGGGGUGUGAUAUCAGUGUGUAUCAGGGGUGUGAUAUCAGUGUGUGCCCUGUGUAUAGGGAUCAGUGUGUAUCAGGGGUGUGAUAUCAGUGUGACCUUUGUAUAGGGAUCAGUGUGUAUCAGGGGUGUGAUAUCGGUGUGUGACCUGUGUAUAGGGAUCAGUGUGUAUCAGGGGUGUGAUAUCGGUGUGUGACCUGUGUAUAGGGAUCAGUGUGUAUCAGGGGUGUGAUAUCAGUGUGUGACCUGUGUAUAGGGAUCAGGGGUGUGAUAUCAGUGUGUGACCUGUGUAUAGGGAUCAGUGUGUAUCAGGGGUGUGACAUCAGGGGCGUUGAGCUUCUCCAUUUUUGUUUAAAGUAAUUUUUAAGGAAUAACCCUGAAAAAUGAUUUAAGUAGAAGAAAAGUAGAAUUAGUGAUUACAGCUGGUUCUGCCCCCUCCCCCAUCGGGAUCUUAGCCAGUCAGAGUCCUAAGGAUGGACAAGGAGAGGAGUUACAUGACUGAAGAGAUAUUGAACCUGACCUUGGAGAUCAUCUACCUACUGACUGGGGAGGAUUACACAGUAGUGAAGAAGUCCACUGUGGUCUUGAUUCCAAGUAGUAGCCAUCGUCUGUCAGGAGAACUGAGCAAGAACCAGAGCCCCAUCACAGUGCCUCCACCUCGCUCACUGGUACAUGAGAGGCACAAUGACCAGAAGAUCCUGGAACUCACCAACAAGAUCAUUCAGCUACUGACUGGAGAGGAUGAAAACUCGAGAGAAGCGAGUGUUCAGACGUGUGUGAUGGGUGAUCAGCCGUGUAAGGAGGAGGAAAUCCCUACAGGUAUCAGCACAGGUCAUGAGCACCAGCAAUGGAAUACCACAGAGAGACCUGGCUGUGAAAUAGAAGAUAACCCCGUCUUGCAAGGUCCUCCAGCAGGGACCACCGUUGAUCAAGAGAUACGUCCAGAACAUCACACUGCCACGACAUCACCUGAUCCCUCUAAUCCGGAGGAGUGUUCUGAUAAACCAGAUAUGGUGACGCAUAGUACAGAUACUAUAGGUGGGACAUUCUUUCCAUGCCCCGACUAUGAUAAGUGCUUUGCCCAUAAUGUCAGUGUUAUAUCACAGCAGAACAGUCACACGGCGGAGAAGCAGUUUCCAUGCUGUACAUGUGGGAAAAGCUUUGCACAGAAAGCCACGCUCAUUCGCCAUCAGAGGAUCCACACCGGGGAGAAACCUUUUCCCUGCUUCGUGUGUGGGAAAUGUUUUACGCAGAAAUCCGACCUGGUGGUGCACCAACGGAUCCACACCAACGAGAAGCCCUAUUCCUGCUCCGAGUGCGGGAAAUGUUUUACCCAGAAGUCAACUCUGGUGGCACACCAGAAAUUCCACACCCGCGAGAAGCCCUUCGCCUGCGCCGACUGCGGCAAAUGCUUCACCCGGAAGUCGGACCUCAGUAAGCACCAGCGAAUCCACAGCGGCGAAAAGCCUUUCACCUGCUCCGAUUGCGGCAAAUGUUUCAUACGCAAGCCGGACCUGGUCAAACACCAGCGAAUCCACACCGGGGAGAAGCCCUUUAUUUGUUCGGAGUGCGGGUCCUGCUUCACACAUAAACCCAAUCUGGUGGCGCAUCAGCGCAUUCACAAGGGGGAGAGGCCGUUCGCCUGCUCGGACUGUGGGAAGUGUUUCACCCAGAAAGCCAGCCUGCUCGACCAUCAGAGGAUUCACACUGGGGAGAAACCGUUUGCCUGUUCCGAUUGUGGGAAAUGUUUUACGCAGAGAUCCAUUCUAUUUAAACAUCAAACCAUUCACACCGGCGCCAAGCCGUUCAUCUGCUCCUACUGUGGGAAAUGCUUCAAGCUGAAAUCCGACAUCGUUAGACAUCAGAGGAUCCACACCCAUCACCACCGGUGAGGACUGGUUGUAUCUCCUGUCCUGGACGAUGAACUCCUAUUAUCGGGACCCUCCGAUAUAUCUUUCAGCAUCUUUACCUGGAUGGAAAUGCUUUCAGUUGGCACCUUGUGUAUUUUUGUUGUACUAGUCUGUUUUUGGUAUUAAUAUUAUUAAAGUAAUAAUGUUAUCCUGA